UUCCAAAAAUUUUCUCAUUCUCAAGUAAAAAUUUCAUUUUCAAUCAACGACGCGGCGAAAGAUGAACCCUCCUCACGGCGCCGCCGACGUCAAGCAACGACAGGCGAUGUACCCCGAAAUCGAUCAAUCCAUUCCAGAUAACCCCUUCGCCCAGACGAAUCCUUACGCAGCGUCUUCCCCUAAUCUCUAUCCUCCCGUCUCAUCAUCAUCGCACAAUCCCAACCACGGAGACUCAUCCCCGUCUGCUCCGCCUCAGGCGACGGAAGAAGUUCUAAUCCGCGUCCCCGGCGCCAUCCUCAACCUCAUCGACAAAUCCUACAGCGUCGAGCUCGCGUGCGGCGACCUCACCGUCGUCCGAAUCGUCCAGGGAGACAGCAUCGUCGCCGUUCUCGCCAACGUCGCCGACGAGAUCCAGUGGCCGCUCACGAAGCGCGAGGUCGCCACCAAGGUCGACGGAUCGCACUACUUCUUCUCCAUCCACCCGCCCAAGGAAUCCUCCGGAUCCGAUUCGGAUCACCACGACGACGAGAUCUUGAACUACGGGCUGACCGUCGCUUCGAAAGGGCAGGAGAACGUGCUGCGUAGCCUCGAUCAUGUUCUCAGGGACUACUGUUGUUUCGCGGAGCAGAGGAUGUCGGAGAAGGGGGAGGAGGUGCUUGGGAACUCGAUGGCUGCUGCGACUUCCCCCGAGGAGUUGAAGGGUGAGAGGAAGGAGGUCGUGGAGGGUCAGUGCGCGGCGUAUUGGACCACGCUCGCGCCUAACGUUGAGGAUUACAGUAGCAAGACUGCGAAGAUGAUAGCGUCUGGGUCGGGUCAGCUGAUCAGAGGGAUACUUUGGUGUGGGGAUGUGACUGUGGAGAGGCUUAAGAGGGGGAACGAGGUUAUGAAGAAUAGGCUGAGCCGUGCUGAGAAGGAGAAGGAUGUUAGUCCUGAGACGCUGAGGAGAAUCAAGAGGGUUAAGAGAGUGACGCAAAUGACGGAGAAAGUGGCGACUGGUGUUCUUUCUGGUGUUGUCAAAGUCUCUGGACUCAUCACUGGUUCGGUGGCAAACUCGAAAGCUGGAAAGAAGUUUUUUGGCCUCUUGCCUGGAGAGAUCAUUCUUGCAUCCCUCGAUGGAUUUAGCAAGAUAUGUGAUGCUGUUGAAGUGGCUGGAAAAAACGUCAUGUCGACUUCAUCAACUGUCACAACGGAACUCGUCGAUCACAAGUAUGGAACAAAAGCAGCCGAGGCUACUAACGAAGGGCUAGACGCAGCAGGACACGCUUUUGGAACGGCAUGGGUUGCUUUCAAGAUCCGAAAGGCACUUAACCCUAAAAGUGUCUUAAAGCCUUCAACAUUGGCCAAAUCUGCGGUCUCUGAUUUCAAGGCUAAGAAAGGCUCCAAGUAACAGUCUUCUUGAAACAGUAUGUAUAUAUAUAUAAAGUAUUCGUACUUGCAUUUAGUUUAUCUUUUUGGAAAAUUAUAUAUAUGAUGAACUACAAAUGCAUUAUACAUUUUCCGGUGUAAAUUGUGAUUCUAUGUAAAACUAUGUACAAACAGUUUCUUCUUUUUUUCUCUCACUAUAUAUUAUGUUUAAUCCUAA